UCGGAUACAAAUGAUGUAUUCUCGGAUUUCAUUGCGUAUGAAAAGUAACUGUGAGUGAAAUUUCUGCAUAGACUGCAUAGAUGUGAAAUUUCUGCAUAGAAAUUUCUCUUCACAGAAAAUCUUAACCAAUUUACCUAUUCUCAGCUUUGCUCGCAAGAUGAAUAUGUUUUGGGUGUUUAUCAUGAUAGGCACUCUUGCUGUUGUUUCCUGUGAUGAUGGUGCUAAAGACCCGGAACUAGAAGCUGUUCAGCAGAAAUUGCGAAAAUUAGAAUUUAUAGAAAAGCUCAUGGAUGCGAUACCUGUGAAUGGCAGAAAGACCGAACAAAGGGACGACUGUCUCGACUACGGUGAAGAAUGUUAUUUUCUUUCCGGACCGAACUGCUGUGGAUCUGCAACUUGGUGCAGUUACCAAGACGAAUACAUUCCAGGCGACGCUAACAACCCUCCAAGAUAUGUAAAUAGAUGUAGGGUUGGUAUGUUCACCAAAUGAGCUGAAGAAACAUAUGUCUGUCGGUAGAAGAUAGUUUGAUACCUUAGGUUAAGGGUACUUGUAACGAACGUUUCGGCAAAUCUAGCAUUAUAAAAACGUUUCACUUUGUUUUUCUCUUUUCGGAAUUAAAGUGAUUUAAUUUAGCAAAA